GCGGCGGGAGGAGGAGGCGGCGCAGGGGAAGGAGGAGGCGGCGGAGCGGCCCCGGUGAGUCCCGGCCGGGCCUGCGCUGCCCUCGCUCUGAAUCUGAUGCUCAGAAAGUGACCCCUCUCCAGCUGCCAAGAUGGUCAUAAACGUCUGUCUCCCACAGUUCAAGCCAAGAAUUCACUGCAACAAGAUCUCUGCUGAUGGCUACGAAGUGGAGAACCUGAUCUCCGAGGACCUGGCCAGGAGGAACCGCGGCUUCCGCAGCGAGUACUUCAUCAAACCCCCGGUCCACGUCACCAUCUCCUUUCCCUUCAACAUCGAGAUCUGCAGGAUUAACAUCGACAUCUCCUCUGGGGGGUACCAAACCUUCUCCGGGCUCGAAGUUUACACCUCUACCUCAAGCCACAAAACCUCUUGGCAGAGCCCCGAGGGGCCCUUCUCAGGUCUGGCCGGGCAGCCUGUGUCGGACAAAGACACUUUCACACUGGUGGGCAAAGCUGUCCUAAAGAAUCAAAGCAAAGUGACUUUCGGCCACAGAGGCUUCAAGCCGAGGCCUCCCUUCCAUCAGAUGGAAAAUGUCUUCUCCUACCCCGGCUCCGUGUCCCAGGACCUCUGGAACAAAGGCCCCGCCUCGCUCAGCAACGUGUCGCACCUGAAAAUCUGCAUCACGCACGUGGCGGGAGGGGGGUUGCCGAGCAUCAAGAGGCUGGAGGUGUGGGCACAGCCUGCCAAGUCCUGCCCACAGGAGGUGAUCGAGGGCGUCUUCCAGGUGGCCUCCCAGUUCCUGGCCCAGGACACCGGCGGCCUCAAGCCGGAGCUGUGGACGCCGAUGGAGAGCGACUGCGUCCCCUUCAGCGCCAGCGACAGCGAGCAGCACACCCUCCGCAAGCUGGUGGACGUCGUCCAGGACAUCCCCGAGGAAUUCCUGGACCCCAUCACCCUGGAGAUCAUGACUUUGCCCAUGCUCCUGCCCUCCGGGAAGGUGAUCGACCAGACCACCUUGGAAAAGUGCAACCGGAGCGAGGCGUCCUGGGGGAGGGUCCCCAGCGACCCCUUCACCGGGGUGGCCUUCAGCCAGCACUCGCAGCCCCUACCUCACCCCACCCUCAAGGCCAGGAUAGACCACUUCCUGCUGCAGCACAGCAUCCCUGGCACCAACCUGCUGGGGAGGGCUCAUUCCUCCGAGACCCUCGUGCCCUCUUCCAUAACCAUGUCUUCUCUGAAAAGGAAAAUGGACUGCCUGGACCAGGGCUCCCUGCAGCCGCCCUAUUUUUCUGCUACAAACUUACUUGUCUCCUCUACCUCAGAGAACAGUGCUAAAAAACUGAGAACUGACAGUGACUCCCACCUGACCCAGAUGGACUGUUCCACAGAUCUGGUGUCCCACGAGCAGAAGCUGUCGGAGAGCCUGGACACUGCCCUGACCUCGGCCCUCAGCUCCAUGCCCUCCUUCACGGCCAAGCUGAUGAAGAGCCAGCAGCAGCCAAGUGAGGGAGGCUGCAGCAGCUCCUGGAGCGUGGGCACAGUCCUUGAGCACGGCAGGAGCAGCCAGACCCAGGGAUGCUCUUCCUGCGGCAAAACUUUCUCCUCCUACUUCAAACCGGAGCCCAUUUACCAGCUGCCCUGCGGGCACCUCGUGUGCCGGCCCUGCCUGGCCGAGCGGCAGAAGGCGCCGUCCCCCAUCCAGUGCGGGAGCUGCAAGAGGUCGGCAGCCACCCAGGACGUCAGGAGGGUUCACUUCUGACCCCCGGGCUGCCGGGAGGAUGAGGACGAGGAGCUGCUGCCGUUCCCCGUGGAUCCGCCGGAGCAUCAGCGACCCGCAGGAGGAGCCGGAGAGCGGAGAGGACUCGGUGUUGUGCUUGCGGAGUAGCGGGGGGUGGGCGGGUGGGGGGUUAGAGCACCGCGCCGGAGGAUAACAAAAGCCAUAGCUUCUUUAUCGAGGAACGUGUAUUUAUACAGGACUGAUCUCCACCCGCCCUCCCACCACCUCCCCGUGGCUCAGUGGUUUAGCUUUAGGUGCCUUUCGGACCGCGAGUGCAGCUUCCCUGGGAGCUCAGACCACACCUCUGACGAGCAGCCCCCUUCGGUUGUGGAGCAGGAAAAGUCCUUGUGAGCGACAACACACAGAAGCUCCCUGACUUCCCCCCCCCUCCUCCGCACCUCACCUUCUCCUCCCAGAGCACAUCCUUCAUCCUGGAAUCCUCCUCCAUCCCCGAAUCCAGCGGUAAGAGGCCGUGGUUAAGGUAUGAGGAGCUGGCAGUGAUCUCACCCCUGCUCACACCAACUCUUGUAGAAAAGCCAUCCCAUCCCACCCGAAGUCCCUCUCGGUUUAUGUCGUGUGACCAGACCAGCUCCAGGCUGGCUGAUAGACAUUUAAGCCUUAAUAAAAUGUUUAAAGUCA